GGAAGAGGGAGCUGGAACACGACGAAGCUUGGCGUCUGAUUGGCCGCGACGUAAAGUUUGCGAGUUUCGUGGUUGGCGGGAGGAAUGGGCUGGCUCCUAGCGUGGCCGGAGACUUACGCAAGCGCCUCUUGCACCAUCCAUCGUCCCUUCCGUGCCUGUGGGGGAUGAGUGAUCGAACACGGGCGGUGCAGCAGCCUAUUUGACAUAAUCCUUUCUUCCGACAGCCCUCUUCCUUUAUAGCCCUCUCUUCCCCACUUCCGCCGUCAUCCACAUGUCAACCUAACCUCACCUUUCCCUCUUUUGAUCGCUUCUUCACCAGUCAUCAUGGGCAUGACUGCGCGCAUCCUCGCAGCCGCCGUGUGGACUACGGCGGCCGCGGGCUUCCUCUUACCGCCAGGACUCUCCUCAGCCAGCAACGAUGAUCUGCUCCCUCCCGCCCUCUCCCGGGAACACCUCGUCCACAUUCCAUGCCCUUCAUGCUCCCUUCUUCCCGUGGCAAGCGACAUCGAUGGCGCUAGCGAUUGGCAGCGCAUGCAAGCUACAAUCGACGCAAUUCUCAUCGACAUCCGCACCACCGCAGAUCUCCAGCACCUGGAAAUUGCCGGCGAGAUCGUAUAUCCCUGGGAUGCCAGGUCUCUCGAUGACCUUCGACGUCCUCACGCCACGCAAAUCUCCUACUCCACCAGCGCCGAGCUUCCCAUCGAAAUCACGUCGUUGGGCAUGAAGUUUCCGGACCCGGAGCCAGCAUCGGAUGACGGCGAUCUCACUACUACCUUUGAGUACCAAAUCUUGGCGCUGGGAGAGCAGGAUAUGCCUGAUAUGCCGGUCAUCAUGAUCAAGGUUCUGCAGAUGAAGAAUGGCGAGCUGUACAUUCUAGACGUGAGCAGCGAGGCCGCGCCCGCUAGCGAGGAUGAUGAUCCGGCGUCUUUCUUUGUACCUGAGCUGGACACACCUGCUCCUCCUCCGGCGCCUGCAUGCACAAACAUCCUGUGUAGCCUGCGCGACUUUGUGAAAAGCCGGCUCGGGUCGAUGCAUAAGCCUGCAUGCCCUGGACGGAAGUCAAGAGUCCACAGUGUCGGGGCUGAAGAGUCAAAGGUUGAAGCACACCCGCAUCCUUUCCACCACGAUCACCAUCACCACCAUCCUCCACCUCCUCCUUCUCUGGGACACAUUCAUAUCCCUGCUCCACAGUCUCCACACGAGCGUCACCAUCACCACCAUCCCCACGGUGGAUCGCAUCCGUGGGGCCCGCCGGAAGAGCAUGGACGACAUGGGCACUUUUUCCUCCACGUUGCCAUUGGCAGCAUCAUCACCACGCUCAUCCCAAUCCUCGCGGGAAUCUUUGUCGGGCUGCUCAUCAGCUACAUCGCCCUCGGGUUCGCCCGUGUGGUCGGCUGCGUCUACCACAGCACCUUCCGGGGGCAGGGCAGUGAAGACGACGAGUCCGACGACCUGGAGAAACUCAUGCCCAAAGAGACGGAGGCCGAAUGUCCGCCGGCGUACGAACAUGCGCCUGCAUACGUGGAGCUGGAGGCAGCAGAGUCAAAAUAAACGUGGUUGGACAAUUCCCAUGCAUUGCGGAAAAGGCGUUUCUGGAAAGACGACGGGGCAUGGAGGAAACAAGGCAUACGACAGGGAUUGUCGAACGAACUUACGCUUGCUUCUCGCUGGUGGGCGUGAACACCUAUCUGACGGAGCUAUGAGAUAACACCACGAAUGAAACACUGUACACAC